AUGGACGACAACUGGCAGCAGAUAUUCCCGCGUAUCAAGGCCGCAUAUCUACAAUGGAAGUACGGAUAUCCCCGCCCGCAAGAGGAACGCAAGCGGAGAGCACCCGAAGAUGAUACUCCCUCUGAGACAGAGGCGGCGCCGCAACAACAAACAGUCGUCUGUGUCGACUUGUACACCCUGCAAAAGGAAGUCAGCGUGGUUGUGUCAUCCAACCAGUGGACAGUAGAGGCACUCGCCUGCGCGGGAUAUCUCGCUAACACCCCGAUGGUGCCGUCGAUGGGGAUCUCGUUCCAGACGCUCGAGCUGUUCCGGUGCCUGAAGCUCGUAAAGCCAUCAUUCAGCACCGAGGCGUUUGCCAAGCUUGUCUGCUACAAGUACUAUAUGGCAUAUCGUCGCCACUAUCGCACUGCGCUAGCGGACGCGUUUGACAUAUACCUGGAGGUUCUCGAUGAAGUGGAGCUAGGGAUCAUGGAGAAGCUGGGACGGGGUGAUCCGAACUGGCGCCCGCGCUUCGGGUGCCCACCAUGCGGAUACAAGGCACGCAUCCUCCAUUUGAUGCGGCUGGAAGGAGAGCCGGUCCUCCACUACAACCGGAUGGGCAGUAAGGACGGCAAUAACUCCUUGAAAAGACUUAUGCGCAAAUAUCAAGACCGAGGAGACCUGCGACAACACAAGAACAACUACUUUCUCAGCCCACAAUAUGUCGACAAGUUUGCGCAUCAGGUGCCUGCGCGGCAGGCACAGCCGAAGCCGACCGCGGAUCUCGGAGAAGAUGGUGAUGACGACAUCACCCACGACCCGGCCGAAUCCGCGCCGGCCCGCGAGCCAGUGGCGACGGAAGGCGAUCCCACAGAUGGGGAGCCGGGUGCCCCGAGCCCGUGUGCUACGAACUGGAAGGCGGCAGCGGCGGACGAAAAGAAGAAGGCAUGGGGUGGGUUCGACGAGACUGGCAUCUUUGCUAGUGCCUGCAGGCAUGGGAGGAUCCUCUGGAUUGCAGAUAUGAUCCAGAGCGGUGAACUCGCCAAGUACGGGAUCGCGAUGGUCGACAAAAUAAACACUGAGUUGCCCGGCAACAUCCUUCUCGGCUAUGACAUUGGCUGCGUCUUUCAGGGGACCCUCGCCCGGAGCAGCGCUGGUCCCGAGUUCCAGAAGCGCGGCUCUCAGUGCAUUGUGAACGCUUUCCACGGUUAUUCCCACUCCUAUGUCUGCCAGCUCCACCAUCAUCCGAAUGUUACCGCCGGCGCCGGGAUUGAGGAUCUCGAAACCAUGGAGCGGAUCUUCAGCGGAUCAAACGCGCUUGCCUCGAUCACCCGCUACGCGAGCAAGUAUCGGCGGCACGCAAUGAUUGUGCUCUAUUUCCGCCGCUGGGAUGAAGAAAAGUAUACUAAUCUCGCGGUAUUCCUCCGCAACAACUUCCUCCAAGCAAUGAAGAUCAUUGAAGAAUCGGAGCCAUUCUUGGCCAGCAUUCUGCCCCAGCUCAAUCUCACCGAGGAGAAGUUGAUCGAGGCGGCGGAAGACGAGCGCGUCUACUUCGCGACGCUUCGCGAUGAGAAUCCGGAAGACGAAUGGGCACAAAGCUAUGUUGAGCGCCUCGAGGACCUUAGAGCGAUGAACUCCGCCACUCGCGCCCCCUGGGAACGCGCGCGCGGGUACCGGCGGCUCUGCAUCUUCCGACGGCCCGGGCUUUUGUUCCAGGCACCGUACACUGGUCCGAUCACAGACUAUAACGCCCACGUAAGAGAGACGCGGAGAACGGAGAGCGCGAACCGCGUGCUCCGCGAGCGGAUCGACGCCCUCGAUCAAGAAUUAGCCGAGAUCGAGGACACCUGGGGCAUGACGCGAUGGCUGCCCACCGAUCCGCGCUACACCACGGCGAAGGUGUACAUGUCAACACGACGCUAUCAGCAGGCCCUGGGAAGGCUUCAACGCCUUGUGAUUCAACGCUUGUUCGAGCUACAUAAGCUUCAUCUCGCGCAGACAGGCUACAAGAUGCGGACUCACAUCGCGAAGAACAUGCAGAAACGGUCAGCUGCAAUCCGACGUGCUAUCGCGACGUACAACAGGGCCGCCGUCACGGUGCAGAAGCCACUCGUUGACUGGACUCAGAUCUCGCAUUACUCGUUCAUUCGGGAGUUUGCACUUCUGCACGGAUCAUGGAAUGACGUCAGCGGCAAAGUCUGGGCGCGUCCGGAAGUCCGGGAGGCGAUCGGGACCUGGCGGCGCUUGCAACGCGCCCGAGAGGAGAUCCAGAUCAUCUAUCGCGAUGCGCGCCGCCUCCACACGCACAUUCGCGACGAAGAGCAAGACUUCGCCACGCUUCUUGAGCAGCUCAAAGAGACCAACGACAUCCUUUAUGGGCCGACUAUGGAGUUCGUUCGCCACCGCGAGGCCGCCAAUGGGUACAACCUGGCAUUCCUCAAUGAAUUGCAUAAUGAUCCUCGCUUCGAGGGCGAGAAGACGCCGGGCCGCCGUGAGGGCAGAGCUCCCCCUCCGGAGCCAUCCAUUCCACGCAUUUCCCCCGAUGACAGCGCGAUCGAGACAGAUGUGAGCCCGGAGAGUAUGUACGAUGACGAUAUGCAGGCGCAGCAGAGCGCUCUGCUCGACUUCGUAGCUCAGUAG